AUGACUCUCCAGGCCUCGGAAUGCCGUCCUGGCCUGGGAACUGAUGUGUUUGUCCCACAGAGCCUGCAGGAGGAUGAAGAAGACAGGAGGUCAGAAAGAAAUGUCAAUGCGCUUGAGCACGCCCAGGACCUGGCAACUCCCCAUCUCCCACCUCUACUUCCCAUGGCCCCUUGGGGCUCUCAGAGGGGGCUGUCUCCUUGCCAUCUGCUGACAGUGAGGGUCAUCCGGAUGAAAAACAUCCGACAGGCUGAUGUGGUGAGCCAGACAGACUGCUUUGUGAGCCUCUGGCUGCCCACCGCCUCUCAUGAGAGGCUGAGGACUAGGACCAUCUCCAACUGUCCAAACCCAGAGUGGAAUGAAUCCUUCAACUUCCAGAUCCAGAGCCAAGUGAAGAAUGUGCUAGAGCUGAGCGUCUGUGAUGAAGACACAGUGACACCAGAUGACCAUCUCCUGACAGUUCUCUAUGACCUCACCAAGCUCUGCUUCCGAAAGAAAACCCACGUGAAGUUCCCACUCAAUCCAGAGGGCAUGGAGGAGCUGGAGGUGGAGUUCCUGCUGGAGGAGAGCCCCUCUCCACCUGAGACUCUCAUCACCAAUGGUGUACUGGUGGCUCGACAAGUCUCCCGCCUGGAGGUUCACACAAAAUCCAGGAGGCGGAGGAAGAGUGGCAAAAAAAAGGACGUCCUGGUAACAGUGACAGAGUCCUUCGAGCACACCCAGCGCAUCUCGCACUGCCUGGAGCCCUGCUGCCCGAACCCUGCCUGCUUCCACUACCCGAAGUACUUCCAGGCCCAGAUUCAUGUGGAGGUGCCCAAGAGUCAAUGGAGCUGUAGGCCAUGCUGCUGUGCGCCCAAGAAGACCGGCCCUGUCUGCCAGCCCCUCAAUUGCCUCCCUGACAGCCAGGCGGUGACCCUGCCUGUGGGCGACAACUGUGAAUUACACAUGAAGUCUACGCCCUGCCCCCAGACGCUGGACGUGCGGCUGGGCUUCAGCCUAUGCCCGGCAGAGCUGGAGUUCCUGCAGAAGCGGAAGGUGGUGGUGGCUGAGGCGCUGAAGCAGGUGUUGCAGCUGGAGGAGGACCUGCAGGGGGACGAGGUACCGCUGAUAGCCAUCAUGGCCACUGGGGGUGGAACAAGAUCCAUGACCGCCAUGUAUGGCCACCUGCUGGGGCUGCAGAAGCUGAACAUCGUGAACUGUGCCAGCUACAUCACUGGCCUGUCAGGGGCCACCUGGACCAUGGCUACCUUGUACCGUGACCCUGACUGGUCCUCCAAAAACCUGGAGCCUGCCAUCUUUGAGGCACGGAGGCACGCGGUCAAGGACAAGUUGCCCGCCCUGUUCCCAGACCAGCUCUCCAAAUUCCGGGAGGAGCUCCGGCAGCGCAGCCAGGAAGGCUACAAGGUCACCUUUACAGACUUCUGGGGCCUGCUGAUCGAGGCCUGUCUGGGGGACGAGAGAAAUGAAUGCAAACUGUCUGAUCAGCGUGCUGCUUUGUGCCAGGGCCAGAACCCCCUGCCCAUCUACCUCACCAUCAAUGUCAAGGAUGAUGUAAGCAACCAAGAUUUCAGAGAGUGGUGCGAGUUCUCCCCCUACGAGGUGGGCCUGCAGAAGUACGGGGCCUUCAUCCCCACUGAGCUCUUUGGCUCUGAGUUCUUCAUGGGGCGGCUGAUGAAGAGGAUCCCAGAGUCAAGGAUGUGCUUCAUGCUAGGUUUGUGGAGCAGCAUCUUCUCCUUGAACCUGCUCGAUGCCUGGAAUCUGUCCCACAACUCAGAGGAGUUUUUCCACAGGUGGACGAGGGAGAGAGUGCACGACAUCGAAGACGAGCCGCUCCUGCCUGAAAUCCCCAAAUGUGAUGACAACGUCCUGGACACCACAGUGGUGACCCCAGGGUCGUGGCUGUCCAACACUUUCCGCAGCGUCCUCACCCAUCGGCCCUUCGUGUCUGAGUUCCACAACUUCCUGCAGGGGCUGCAGCUGCACACCGACUACCUCCAAAACAGAGAGUUCUCCACGUGGAAAGACACCGUGCUGGACAGUUUCCCAAACCAGCUGACAGAGUCUGCGAACCACCUGUGCCUGCUGGACACGGCAUUCUUCGUCAACUCCAGCUAUCCGCCCCUCCUCAGGCCUGAGAGAAAAGUUGACCUCAUCAUCCACCUCAACUACUGUGCCGGGUCCCAAACAAAGCCCAUGAAGCAAACCUGUGAGUACUGCACCACGCAGAACAUCCCCUUCCCCAAGUACGAGCUGCAGGAGGAGGAGGAGGAGAAGCUGAAGGAGUGUUACCUGAUGGAGAACCCACAGGAGCCUGACGCCCCCAUCGUGAUUUUUUUCCCACUCAUCAACGACACCUUCCAAAAGUACAAGGCCCCAGGUGUGGAGCGAAGCCCCGAGGAGCUGGAGCAGGGUCAGGUUGACAUUUAUGGCCCCAAAACUCCCUACGCCACCAAGGAGCUGACAUACACGGAGGCAGCCUUCGACAAGAUGGUGAAGCUCUCCGAGUACAACAUCCUGAAUAAUAAAGACAAGCUCCUUCAGGCCUUGCGGCUGGCAGUGGAGAAGAAGAAACGCCUGAAGGGCCAGUGUCCCUCCUAAGUCCCAAGGAGCCUCCCCGAUCCUGUGUCUGCUUCCACCAUCAGACUCAAACCCAUUGGGGCUGGCGGACCACACAGCAGGCUCCACACUCUGGCAAGGGGUGCAGGCUGGCCCAGGCUUUCUGUCAAAAUCUAAAAAUUAAAAAAAGUUGAGGGAGACAGAGAGAGAGAGAAAGAGACAAAGGAAAAUAACAAGGGGAUAUACUGGGGUUUUACACCCACUGCAGAGAAGGGGUUCUAAUAGCAGCAGGCUCGCACAUGCCAAAAGUAUGGAGAAUGAAAGCUAGGCCCAAAGGAGAGGCUGGUUCACCUUGAAACCUCAGACUCAGAGCUGGAGUUCAGAGCCCUCCGCUCUCUGCUCCUCUGCCCCCUCACUCAGAGGGCUCAGGGAAUGCGCCAGAGGAGCUGAGAAGCACUCGGGGUUCUCUGGAAAAACGCUUUUAAAUUUAAGGCAAUUAUAUUCCUGUGAUUUUUAUAGUCAAUUGUAUUUUGUGGCUUUUAUUUUUAUGAAUCAGGGUCUCAAUAGGAAGUGUGAUGCUAGAAGAUCUAGAUGGAGCAUUAGGGACAUCUUGGUCUCUUGAACAACAAAGCCAAACAGGUGACGGCUUUCAGCACCCUUCUCUAGCCAUUCAGAGCCUGGGGCUGGUGAUCCCGUGAUCCUGCCUGAGCAUUCAGCUCCAGGGAAAUGCCAGGCAAGGCUCAAGUCUGCAGCUUAGAUUCACCAGGUCUGGGAUGCAGCUCAGGGAUGGCUGGGCAGGUAAAUGGACACAGGCAUCAGGUGGGCGAUGCUGCCCAGUGCUGCCCACUCAGAGAGGCCGACACUCGCUGACCAACCCGCUCCAGAAGCACUUCUCAGUUUUAUCACCCUCCUCUCUGGUUUCCAGAUGGAACUAUUAAUUUCUAAAUGGGAUUCCUUUUCUGCAUCAUGUAAACACUAUGGGCAGCACAUCUCAACUCUUGGAGUCACCCUGAAAGAAUGAAACUACGAAGGAUCAACCCAGAGAGGACUAGGUUAGCUCUGAGGAAGAAGCCCAUCCUUGGGGAUAGCUUCCAGAUGAAUUGCUGGGAAGGCCCUGGGACACAGAGAAGCCCAAUCAAAGUAUCCAGGCCUCGCAUCAGGCUGGGAACUUAACUAAAGAAAUGUGCAACCUCAGCCAUUGAGAUGCCCAGGCUGGUGGAAGGUGUGCCCAGAAAGGCAUGUUGUCCCUGUGAAGCCCAGCAAACCUGGAAGACAUGGCCCUGUUUCUGGGCCACGAUGCUCCCUAAGCAGUCCCUUGGUUGUUAGGAGAUGAGCGGUGACAGGUACCAAAAGUUUAGAAAAAUUGACCUCCGGUUUACAUCCUCGCUACUCAAAGUGUGGUGGGGAACUGGUUAGAAAUGCAGAAUCUCGGGCCCCACCCCAGCCAUACCGAAUCAGAAUCUGCAUUUUCAGGAGUUUUCCACCUCCUCUCCACUGCCCCGCCAGGUGAUGCCUAUGCAUAUUAAAGUCUGAGAGGUGUGGAUUUAUGCCAUACCCUCCCGUGAGCUUGGAAAGCAUGAAUCAAUCCUCUGCCCUGAGCCACUGAUAAAACCAGGCUUCUGGACCUGCAAUAUGGUCCCCACCCGGAUAAUGCUAACCUGGGACGCUGCCCCUACCCACUGCCAGAGUAUCCAGCUGCGUCCACUUGGACACCUUUUCUUUCCAUCUGCAACAAACAGGCUCUCCUUAAAUGAUCAGAGUGAGCCACGCAGCAAGGCCUGUUUGUCGUAAGGUGAAGGCAGAUGUGCCUUGGGUUCACCAAAGUGUAUAAAAUGAGGUUUAUAAAGUCAUUGUAUUUUUGAGCACAGAAUAAAAUGGCCA